AUGACAACAGAUUCCUAUAUUACUGCGAAAGAAAGGCAAAUGGCUCUACAAAUAGUUGUGCGCGAUCACCAAGCAGUUCACUUAACAGAGGAUCGUCAGAAAGCGCCUAAGCAACUAAAACUGCAGAAAGACGACUCUGGAAUAUUCCAUUGUCAAGGUCGCAUGGACAACUAUAUCCUGCCAUACCAAGCUCGACAGCCUAUCUUCAUAGUUGCCAAAAGCGAUAGUGAGGGAAUCACACAGUCCAAUACAUUGCAGUACUGCGCAUACUAUGGCAAGCGUGAGGAAAUACUACUAGAUUCCCAAACUUAG